AUGGGAGGCCUCUGGCUUUGGGUGCUGGGUCUGCUCUCUUUGCCAGUUUUGAUCCUAGGAGCACCGUCCGCCUCCAGCUGCUCGGAAGCCUGCGGAGCCAGCUUCUCCGAGGGCCUCAACCCCGAGGAGACCCAGACGUCCUGGGACAAGGACAUCCCUGCGAUUAACCAAGGGCUCAUCCCAGAGGAAACCCCAGAGAGCAGCUUCCUCCUGGAGGGGGACAUCCUCCGGCCGAGUCCCUUCCGGCUGUUCUCGGCUACCAGCAACAAGUGGCCUAAGAACGGGGAGGUUGUGGAGGUCCCCUUCCUGCUCUCCAGCAAAUACGAUAAAUCCAGCCGUGACAUCCUCUUGAAGGCAUUUGACGAGUUUGAACGCUUCACGUGCAUCCGGUUUGUUGCCUACCAGGGCCAGAGAGACUUCAUUUCCAUUGUCCCCAUGUCUGGGUGUUUCUCCAGCGUGGGACGCAGCGGAGGGAUGCAGGUGGUAUCCCUGGCACCUACCUGUCUCCAGAAGGGCCCAGGCAUUGUCCUGCAUGAGCUCAUGCAUGUCCUGGGCUUCUGGCAUGAGCACUCACGGGCUGAUCGGGACCACUAUAUCCGUGUUAACUGGAAUGAGAUCCUCCCAGGCUUUGAAAUCAACUUCAUCAAAUCUCGGAGCAGCAACAUGCUGGUGCCCUAUGACUACUCCUCAGUGAUGCACUAUGGGAGGCUUGCCUUCAGCCGGCGAGGGCUGCCCACCAUCACACCGCUCUGGGCUCCCAGUGUCCACAUUGGCCAGCGAUGGAACCUGAGCACCUCGGACAUCGCACGGGUCCUCAGGCUUUAUGACUGCAGCCCAAGUGGCCAAAGUCCCGGUGGGAGAGGGUUCCAGCCCCACAGCGAUGGUAGGAGCCCUACUGCCACCUCUAGGCCAUACCUGCAGCAGCUUCUGAAGGUGUUGUUGGCAGAAUCUGGGAGCCUCGAUGCCAGUGGCUCCGAGGCUAGAGGCCAGCGUGUUGUUGCAGGGCCUGGAGAGAGCCCACGCAGGUGGACGCUCCCCGUGCUGAGCAAGUUGGGUGUGGAGGCCUCUGCAAGGCUGCUUCAGACCCCAGCUUCCUCCCUAAACUCAAGGCCUGGGGCAGGCAUUCCUGGUAUUGCUCUAGAGAGGUCCUGGCCAGCCCAAGUGCCCUCUGUACCACCUGCUGCAUCUCCAGAAGCAGAAGACCAGCCAGUGCCCAUCAAGGGUGCUUUGGGGAGCCCAGCUCUCCCAGGGGCACAUGAACCUGAAAGUCCUUUCAGGGGAAUGCCCAGAAGUCAAACCUGUGACUUCUGUCCCCAAGGGGGAAGGGAAUCUCCAUCUCAAGUAGCUGGGCUGCAUAACCCCUAG